GACGCUCUGGAAGGGGCGGGGUGGUUUGGGCGGGUGGCUAAAUUACGGGCCCGGGAAUUCCGACAGUUUGAGCCUUAGCAUUGGAAUGCAUGAUUACAAAAGAAAACGGUGUUGUUUACGUGGAGCGGGGGCCGGUGGCGAGUGAGGUGAAUGUGCUGUUUUGAAACCAAAGGACAGUAAUCGCUUCCUCUCUCCCUGCUGGAGACCCUCCCGCGGGCCCGGCGGCCGCCUCUGAACUGUCCGGAGAGAACAUGGCGGCCCCCGGAGCCCGGGGCUGCAGCCUCGCGGGCCUGCUCCCGGCGCAGACCCCGCUGGAGUACGCCCUGCUCGACGCCGUCACCCAGGAGGAGAAGGACAGUCUGGUCUACCAGUAUCUGCAGAAGGUGGACGGCCGGGAGCAGGACUUGUCAGUGCCCGAGUUUCCGGAAGGAUUAGAAUGGCUGAACACCGCAGAACCUAUUUCUGUCUACAAGGAUCUGUGUGGAAAAGUAGUCAUCCUGGACUUCUUCACCUACUGCUGCAUAAACUGCAUUCACCUAUUGCCUGAUCUUCAUGCAUUAGAACACACAUACUCCGAUAAAGAUGGUCUUCUGAUUGUUGGCGUUCACUCGGCUAAGUUUCCAAAUGAAAAAGUCCUGGAUAACAUUAAGAGCGCUGUUCUUCGAUACAACAUCACCCACCCCGUGGUUAAUGAUGCAGAUGCCAGUCUUUGGCAAGAACUAGAAGUUUCCUGCUGGCCAACUCUGGUCAUACUUGGACCCCGUGGAAAUAUGUUAUUUUCUUUGAUUGGAGAGGGACACAAAGAUAAACUAUUUUUAUAUACUUCCAUGGCGUUAAAGUAUUACAAAGACAGGGGACAGAUCCGAGAUAAUAAAAUUGAAGUAAAACUCUAUAAAGAUUCUUUGCCACCUUCACCAUUGCUGUUUCCUGGCAAAGUAACAGUAGACCAUGUUUCACAUAGAUUGGUAAUAGCAGACACUGGACAUCAUAGAAUUUUGGUCGUCCGGAAGAAUGGAGAAAUUCAGUACAGCAUUGGAGGACCCAACCCUGGAAGAAAAGAUGGAAUAUUUUCAGAGUCAACUUUUAAUUCACCACAGGGUGUAGCCAUAAGGAAUAAUAUUAUAUACGUGGCAGAUACUGAAAACCACCUUAUAAGAAAGAUUGAUCUAGAAGCUGAGAUGGUGAGCACUGUAGCUGGCAUUGGAAUUCAAGGUACAGAUAAAGAAGGCGGAGCUCAAGGAGAAGAACAACCCAUUAGUUCCCCUUGGGAUGUAGUUUUUGGAACUUCAGGUUCGGAAGUCCAAAGAAAUGAUAUUCUGUGGAUAGCCAUGGCAGGGACUCAUCAGAUAUGGGCACUGCUGCUGGACUGUGGCAGACUACCGAAGAAAAAUGAGCUGAAAAAAGGAACCUGCCUUCGGUUUGCUGGAAGCGGAAAUGAAGAGAACCGAAAUAACGCAUAUCCUCACAAGGCAGGCUUCGCCCAGCCUUCAGGUCUUUCUCUGGCCCCGGAAGAUCCCUGGAGCUGCCUGUUUGUCGCAGACAGUGAGAGCAGCACGGUGAGAACCGUCUCGCUGAAGGACGGAGCAGUGAAGCACCUCGUGGGAGGAGAAAGAGAUCCCAUGAAUUUAUUUGCUUUUGGUGAUGUUGAUGGAGUAGGAGUCAAUGCCAAGCUUCAGCACCCACUUGGAGUAACUUGGGACAAGAAAAGGAAUUUACUUUACGUGGCAGACUCUUAUAAUCACAAGAUUAAAGUUGUGGAUCCAAAAACAAAAAACUGCUCAACAUUAGCAGGAACUGGAGACGCUAGUAAUGUUACCACUUCGAGCUUUACGGAGUCAACUUUUAAUGAACCAGGAGGCUUGUGUAUUGGAGAGAAUGACCAGUUAUUAUAUGUAGCAGACACCAAUAAUCAUCAAAUUAAAGUGAUGGAUUUAGAAACAAAAACAAUUUCUGUGCUCCCAGUCUUCAGACCUGACAACGCUGUGGUAGAUGGCCCGUUCCUAGUAGAGAAACAGAAAACAUUACCCAAACUACCUAAAUCUGCUCCAAACAUUAGACUGUCUCCGGUAGCUGCGUCUCCAGGCCAGACCCUGCAGUUCAAGCUAAGAUUAGAGCUCCCAUCAGGAACGAAGCUGACGGAGGGUGUGCCCAGUUGCUGGUUUCUAGCCGCUGAAGGCAAUGAGUGGCUUCUUCAAGGACAGAUACCCUCUGGAGAAAUAGAGAGCAUUUCCAGUCAACCAGCGAUCUCGCUGCAGAUUCCUGGAGAUUGCUUAUCACUGGAAGCAGUGAUAUCUAUCCGAGUGUUCCUUUAUUACUGUAGUGCAGACAGCAAUGCCUGUAUGAUGAAGGGAAUUUUGUUCAGUCAGCCUUUACAAAUAAGCAGUGCACACCAAGGGGGCAUCGCUCCAGUAGAGCUCAAGUAUGGAUUUUAACAAGCCAGUUAGCUACACGGUCACCGUGGCCGUUAUCCUCUGUCCUCGUCAUCACUCUGACUUAGGAAAAGCAGCUUUAUUUCUGCCUCUGGAUACCAAGAAACCCACUGCUCAGUUCUAGCGACUGAUAUUAAAAUAAAGCUAUGCUCCAUACUUACUUAUCUAUUAUAAACAAAUUCCUUCAUUCUGGCUGUGUACCAGCUAAAUCACUGACCAUCAUUUGAACCAUGAUUUAGUAAUCUCUGCUGCUAUUUGGCACAAAACUUUAAUCCACACUGUAGUCUAGAAUAUUAUCAUGAAACUGAUUUGCAGUGAAUACUGUUAAUAAUAAUGAAACCAAAUAUUUUAACUAACUUUUUCUACCUUUACUAGCAAAGAGCACAUUUGAAUAUAUAAAUUUCACAGUAACUUUAAACAGAACCUAGGAUCCAGUCCACAUGUUGGUAUCAAGACACUUGCUAUUCAAAGUCUAAGGUCUGUUUUAAGCCAAAAAAAGUCUUUACAUCACAGUAGAAACUUAAAGAGUAACUGGGUGGUAAAUAUGUUCCUUGUCCUCUUCUGGGAUUCUCUUGGUUGAAAGUGAUUUAAAAAAGAGUUUCUAUUUUUAUUAUAAAUUAUUUGUUAUUUUAACAUACCAUUAUUAAUGCCUUAUAACUCUAUUCGGAAAAAGUAUGUCAAAGGAUGUACAGACUCCUUUAACUUUUUCUGAAGGAAUACAGUUUUACCCGGUGAUGAAUGGGUCCCCAGAGAUACCGCGCCUUCCACGGAGAGAGGGACUUGGGGACAUAUUACUGUCUGUGAUACUGUUUAUGAUAAAUAAUAAAUUGGGAUAGUUGCAUCUGAGUAAAGGAGUAUAUAUGUUAUAAGCAUUAAAAUAUGCAGAUUGGUUGGGGUUUGUGUUUUUUGGUUCCUAUAUUCAGAACGUAAAUUAUCAUUUAUUGUGAUGUUUUUAAAAAUCAGUUUUAAGCCUUCGAAGAAAAUUCUAGUGUGAAGCACUUUCAUGCUAUUAAUAUGUAUAUAUAUUUAUUACUCUUUUUAAAAUAUUAGGGCUGAAACAUAGGGGGCAUUUACUGACACUGGGGUUAUUUUUAAUCCAAAAAGAAAUUGUCACUAGAAGAUACUGAACGUAUUUUUAUUAUCAUCAUUUCCGUUUAUAGCUCUUUAAAAGCCUAUUCUUUGUUUUACUGUAAUUGAUUCAGUAUGUUUGUGAUUUAAUUAGCUUAUAGGAUUUUUUAAACAUCAGGUAGACUGUAUUUAUUUAUCCAAUAAAUAUCUGUAGACAAGAUGGCAUCAUAUGCCUUUCGCGCUUCAAAAGCAGAUUGGAAGUGCAUCACCUGCCCAUUUUUCUUCUUGAAAUAGAGUUUUGAGCAUAUCAGCUUUAUUCCCACAGGUUACCUAAACCUCUGAAGUAAGGAAGUGUGUAGUCCUGACUUGGGUUCAGUUUGUAACUUGCUAAUGCUACUUUUAAAGAGAUGUAGAAAUAUACACUUAAGAAGAAUCUUGUUUAAAGUUAUAUAUAAUUACCUCACAAACCUUUUCUUUCCGUGAAAAAACAUUCUGUAAUAAAGCAGUGUCUAACAUUAAUACUCUUUUAUAGAGAAUAGGACGAAGUCAUGUUUUAAUCUCAUUUGAAACAUAAUACUUCUUCCAGUUGGAUAUGAUGAGAAUACUUCACUCCCUGAGAAAGAAGUAUAUGCAGUUUUAACCUAACUCAGAAAUACCUGAUGAUUAAUUUUUCAGUAUAAUACACAAGCACACAUAUAGUUCUGUAUUACAUGUUUCUCAGAAUCUUUUAAUACUCCUUUUGUCUAGACAGUUUUCAGUUAGUAUUAGGCUUAUACUCUUCUUUCAAAGUAUAGUUUAUUGAACAUUCUUAUUCUUACCCAGUUACCAGUCUGCACAUUUCUUACAUUAAAAAUAUUAUUUAUAUGGAUUUAGUAUGAUUUUCUGUAAAUCCUACUAGAGCAGUAUAAAUAGGUUCCUAGAACUUAUGACUAAUAUAAACCUCUUACAUAAGAGGAAGCACUAGAAAGUUUAUUUUUAAAAAACUUGAUCCCUGUCUGUCUUCUGUUUUCUAUAAGGACUUCCAUAUUUUUUUUUAACUUCUGCUUUUCUUUCUUGUAUAAAUUAAUGGCCAGUGAUAGUUUAGAAAGAGUAAGGUUUUCGUUUAAGUCACCUUAAUCAAAAAGUAUCAGUAAUGGGGCAUCACACACACUUCAACAUCAUACCUAGAAUCUUUGCCCUAAAUUAUUGUGCUGCUUUGUCACAAUUUUUUUCACUACUCCUUAUGAUACCAUUUCACAAGUGGUAGAACUUUUUUUCUCUGAAUUUAUACUCAGGAUUAGUAUGGUCCCUGAAAAGAAUUUUGUUUAUCUUAAAUAUGCUGCCUCAAGCAAAUAUUUGACCAAUUCACAAGGAAAAACUUAACAGUUUAAUCAUCCAUAAGUCUAACUUCAGUCAAGUUCAGUGACUAUAGAACAGUUUUCUCCUUGACCGUUCUAAUACUAUAGUCCUAGUAUUAUUGGGCCCGCAGAAAGCUAUAAUAUUAACCCAGCAGAAACAUUUCGCAUGUGUGGACGAAUAUAUGUCGUGUAUGUGUAUCUGUGUACACAUACAUAGAAAACAAAGAUCAAGUCAAGAAUUUCCAUCUAAGUUUCUCUCCUGGGCAGUGUAGUUUUGAGUUAAUAUCACCAAAUAACUUACUCUCUGCUUGUUUUUCCAGGUAGGAAAAUGUUGAAAAUACAUAUCAGAAAUAAUUUUCUGCCUGCACAAAAUUUACUGUUAGUUUAGCAUAUCUGCCAAUUAAAAAGACUUCAGUCUGACCGUUGUAUUUGGCAUCAUGUUUAAGAACAAUUACCAAAAAAUAAAUUCCAUAGUUCACAGUUGCAUAAAAAUACAUGAAGAGGAACUGUGUCAACAGUGGUUCUCCUGAAUAAUGAAAUUAUGAAUAUUUUAAUUCUACUUGUCUGUAUUCUUUUUUCAGUGAACAAUGUGUUAUUUCCAGAAAGAAAAAAAAAUUGGAAGCAUUUUUUUAAAGAUUUAAAAUGAACUGAAUUGUAAGUGCUAUUGUAACUUUUCUAAAGUCAUCUUAAUUACCAAGGAUCAAAAAAACGUAGUCUGGAGCCCUUCGUUCUAUUGGCUCUCUUAAUUACGUGAUUUGACAAAGAGAGAAAUGAUCAUGACUUUUUCUUCUGGUGCUUGUAUAGUGUAAUGUAGUAGAGUGGAUGAGAGCACGUGCUUUGCAGGCUCUAGGAUUCUAACCCUAUACAAUGGGGCUGUUCUACCUGUUUUAUGGGGUCACUGUAAGGAUUCAGUGAAAUAGUGUGCAUAAAGCAUUUAGUAAUUAAUGGAACUGCCAGUUAUUUGCUUAGUUAAUAUGAUAUUAAUUUAUGAGCAUAAACACAUAGUUUGACAUUUUCUUUGCAACUGAAAUUUCUAAAGGAAAAUAUUUCUCAACCAACUACUUGAUAUGUUAAUAAUCUCAGUAGAGCUGGGGUUCAAGAAGAGAAACUGUUUGUAAUAAAAUAUAUUACGAUUUUAUAAAUGAUGUUAUAGUUAGAAACAAACCUACAGAUUUAUGAAAAGUUUCUUAACUAGACCCAGAACUAGGAGUCAUAAACUUCCUUUGAGAGGGUCUGGACAUACUCACCCUGCAGCCAUUCCUGUAACACGCUCUGAUGGUGCUUUACAAAGUCUUCAAAGUGCCUUCCUGCAUUUUUGCCUCACUUGAGCUUCAAAGUAACCUAUGAAUCAGGCAAGGAGAUGUUACGUCCACUUUACAGAUGUGAAAACGCCGGUGACGGAACUCAAGUUCUCAGAGUAGUGCUGAUGCUGGACCGGGCCUGGCUCGGGCUGCUGCUCGGCCAGUUGCUUGGAGUGACUAAACGGUGAAUAGUGAGUGAUGUACAUCUUCUCUGAAAACAGGCCUCCUAAUUCCUACCUCUGUUCCUAGAUGGAGAGUGAAAAACUGCAGAAUUAAGAGUACUUCCAUGCAUGCUUUCUUCAGCCUCUGCAUUAUGUAAAUAAAGUAGUACAAACAGCUGAAUUUAUUGAGUGCUUACUAUGUGCCUGGCACUUUUCUAAGUGUUUUUAAUGCAUCAACUCAUUUAACCCUUACAACAGCCUUCUGAGAGACAGAGACUGUUUUUGCUUAUCUCCCUGAUGACGAAACUGAAACAAAGUUCUGAGCAGUUCGGUAGGUUGGAGAUCCUGCAUGUAGGAAGUGGCGGGGCCGGGAUGAGUCUGCUCCCCCUGCUCCCCCUCCGGGCUACACUGCCUCUGAAAAGUGGGGGUUUUUUUAGACCUAAAUCUUUCAAAGCUAUAUAUAGUAAAGAGUAAUUAAUCCAAAGAAUCCAGAAAGUCCUAGUGAUGAUUGUUUUUGAAAUUUAAAUCAAAUCCAUUAAACUCUGUUAGCUCGUUGGACUUUUCAUUAUACACUCUUAUCCUUCCUGGCUUGGAACAGUCUGUAUACUUCUGUUUCCCAAAAGAUUUUAUGUACCGUUCUUUCUUAAAUUCGGAUAUUAUCCAGAAUUUUUCUUGGCAGACGGAAGUAUUAAAGAAUUAAGUAGAUUUUUCAGUUUUAAAGUUCCAACAGUGCUAUUUUAAUUGGUCUUCAAAAAGUAAUUAUAAGACCUUGUCAUAAAGGAUAACUGAAUUCUUAGCACAGGGUUGUCUCAGACCCUAACCAUCUUCAUAUUAAAGAAAAUUCUGUUUUUAAUAACCGAAAUGAGUUAGAAGCAUAACAUUCGGCCAGCCUGUUAACACACGGAGAGCACCUAAAGUUGUUCGCUUCCUUCCUACGUGAAGGAUGUUUGGUAUGAGACCCGCCACCACUCUCACCCACCACCCCAGUGACUCGAAUAUAUGUGAUUCUAUUACAGCAACGUCUGCACCAGGCCAGCCUAUUCUGCUGUAGGCACUGCAGGGAAGGAAGUAGAAUUUCCCAUACCACUGGGAUUCACGAUCAUCCAGGAACAUGAUUAUAAACAUCUUUUCAAUAGAUAGUCUGUUAAUUAUGAAAAUUUGUUAAUUUUUAUAAAAUCCCAUUCUUGAAACCCAUAAGGAUUUGUACAACUUAAAAAGUAAUUACUGUGUCAUACGUUAGAGUAGAACUCACUAUUAAUCACCAAGAUUUCCUCCUCUUUCUCCUGGCGCACAUACAUGAUUUAUUUAAAUGAAUUCACACUAACCAAAAUCACUAUUUGAUCCUGAGUAAUUAAAAGCCCAUUUUCCCUACUUCCUUGCCAUAGGAUUAACUAAAGAACAGCAUUACAGCUGGGGCUUACUGAUCUACCUGCGUGUGUUCCAUGACCAGCAAACUUUGGCCCUUCUCCAUCAGACCUGCAGGUUCCCCUGGCCGCUUCUGGCCUCCCAGCAGCCCGUCUGACGACAGAGGUCCUGGGUACAGUGGACCAGGCAGCUUUGCUGAUGGCAACCCUUCCAUUUCUUCAUGUGCUGAUUUGGUUUAAUUAUUUUCAAAGGUUAGAGCUGGAAAAUGAGAAACCUACAUCCUGGCUGUGGAGUGUUUGCCUAGAGUUCUCCACUGUACUGUGUGUCCCUCUUCGAGGCAUGUCACUCUCAAAUACCGAGGAGUAUUUAGUUGUGUUGAGAGCCCCCAACCUAAAGGAAAGAGUUACAGGUAUUUCCAAAUGGGCCUCCCUGCCUGUACCAGCAACCACAUCCUAAAAAACACUAACCAAGCAUAUACCCAGGCCUUUUCGUGACUGUCUGUCUGGGCAUGGUAGGAAUUGCUUCCCCUUUUAGUAGCAACAGACAGAGCUGGUGUUUCUCAGUAACAGAGCGAAGCAAAGUCAAUGUUGAAAACUUGAGACUAUCAAUGACAAUUUAUUGCCUCUGGUUUUAAUAUACUUGGUUACAUACUAAGAUUUGAAAUACAGAGAAAUGAGACUUCAUACUGCUGAGAACUAGGAAUAAAAAAAAAUCAGCCUUCAGAUUUGAAUAUGCCCAAUCUAAAUGGUCUUUUUCUGAUUCUUCAUCUACCGUGCUGUGCUCAGGAAAAAUAUAUACUAAAGUUAGCAGGGUGAAACAUCAGUUGAUAAAUUAUGGUAAUGAAGGGUAAAAAUAGGCUCCUUUCUGAAAAUGUAGCAGGACUCUGCCAUCUAACAAUCUUCUAUUGUUAGAAUUGGUGGCCAUUCUUCAUCCCGCCAGAAUUCCAGUCAAGCUGUGAGCACCAAUGGGAUGGGCUGCUUAAGCUACUUUAUACCAUUCGAAACUGACAAGUGUUGGCUUGUAUGGAGUUGAGAUGUUAUUGUUCAUGCAUGCACACCUGUGAUACUACUCAUCAUCCACAUUUACCUGUGAAACAGACACUACCACUUCCUCUCCACACCUUAGGCUUCCCUUUCUUUAAAAACAAUAGUAGUUUCUGUAGAAGUUUCAGUGAGGAGCUAUGGUUUCACAAAUAACAGAAGGAUUUUGUUAUGCUAUUUUUUUUUUUGAAGAUUUAUUAUUUAUUUAACAGAUCACAAGUAGGCAGAGAGGGAGGCAGAGAGAGAGGAGGAAGCAGGCUCCCUACCAAGCAGAGAGCCUAAUGCGGGGCUCCAUCCCAGGACCCUGGGACCACGACCCGAGCCAAAGGCAGAGGCUUUAACCCACUGAGCCACCCAGGCGUCCCUGUAUUUUUUUUUUUUCUAGAAUUCCUAAUGAUAUCUCAGUUUCCAGAAGAGAACAGUACCCUGUGUGAUUUAAAGAUUAAUUUCUCCCUAAUUUGCAAUAUACCUUGCAAAUAUUUUAGGAAUAUUUAGGUUAAUAUUUUUUAAAGGUUUGAAAUCCUAUUAGGAUGCAUUGAGAACCAACUUAGAAAUGUUCUCCUUGCUGUCAUUACUUUACAUGUGGUUUAUGGACAAAGUUUGCUGUGUGCUUGAGAUCUAUAUGUAGAAUACACUCCUGAAUUGUAACAUUUCAUAAAUUUGUCAAAUUUUAGAGACUCAGACUCUCCCAUCUUUUGUGUGGAUAAAAAUGUGGAUAGAGUUUGUCUGCUGUGCUGACUUCAUAUCUGUCAUUCCAAAGGUUUGAUUACAUUUAUUUUUCCUCCAAAGAGAAAAUGCAAGGAAAUCCAAUGUAUAUACCGGUAUUCCCAUUCAUGCUCUAAUUCUAAAAAUUAAUGUGGUUUGCAUUUUUAAGUGUUUCACGCAGACAGAUUAGUAUUUUUUUUUACAACACUGUAUUUCUACAUUUAUUUCAAGACUAUUUCAGUGACUUUUUCAAGUGCAUGUGUUAACAGAAGAUCAUUUAGAAUGAAUUUGUGCACCAGCCUUCGUUACCAACUAAAGUGUAAUACAUGUGAUUAUAAAAGAAUGUAUUUAUAUUGUACACUAACGCCUAAUGCCUCUUUUCUAAAACUUUGCACAUUUUUCCGUGAAAUAGAUUAAAUAUUUUCUCUCUAAA